CCGGUACCUUUUUACUGACUGGGGACCAUUAUCGCUGUGACACCAGAGCCCGGUGGCGCGAUGGCGGCUGAUGGGGAGCAGCGGGGUCGGCGGCCUCUGCUUCCGAUGAGUGCGGAGGUCGUGGACUCCAACCCAUACAGCCGGCUAAUGGCUCUGAAGAGAAUGGGUAUUGUUGAAGAUUAUGAGAAAAUCCGUCAGUUUGCAGUGGCAGUCGUGGGUGUUGGUGGGGUUGGCAGUGUGACAGCUGAAAUGUUGACAAGAUGUGGCAUUGGUAAGCUUUUGCUAUUUGAUUAUGACAAAGUGGAACUGGCCAAUAUGAACCGACUGUUUUUUCAACCUCACCAGGCUGGUUUAAGCAAAGUGGAAGCAGCAAAGCACACUCUGAGGAACAUUAAUCCUGAUGUUGAGUUUGAAGUUCAUAACUACAAUAUUACAACAAUGAACAACUUUCAGCUUUUCAUGGAUCGAAUCAGGAAUGGUGGGUUAAGUGAAGGGAAGCCCGUGGAUCUAGUACUGAGCUGUGUCGACAACUUUGAAGCACGUAUGACAAUAAACACUGCUUGCAAUGAGCUUGCCCAGGUGUGGAUGGAGUCUGGGGUCAGUGAAAAUGCAGUCUCAGGGCAUAUACAGCUUCUCAUUCCAGGAGAAACGGCCUGUUUUGCGUGUGCACCCCCACUUGUCGUGGCUGCGAACAUUGAUGAGAAGACACUGAAACGUGAGGGGGUCUGUGCAGCCAGUCUCCCUACCACCAUGGCAGUGGUGGCAGGCCUUCUUGUACAGAAUGUCCUCAAGUACCUGUUGGGCUUUGGUUCUGUCAGUUAUUAUCUGGGUUACAAUGCAAUGCAAGAUUUUUUCCCAACAAUGAUGAUGAAGCCAAAUCCAAAUUGUGAUGAUAAAAUUUGCAGACUCCGCCAGAAAGAGUACAAGGAAAAAGAAACUGAACAACCAAAGGAGAAAUUGGUGGAGGAGGAAGAACCGAUAAAACAUGAAAAUAAUGUCUGGGGUAUUGAGCUUGUUUCUGAGAUCUCUGAUGAGGAACUGAAAGCUGCUUCAGGCUGUGUUCCAGACCUUCCAGAGGGCAUCACAGUAGCCUACAGUGUGCCAGUUAAGACGGAUAAUACCAAUGUCACUGGAGAUACAGUUCAAGAGACAGAGGAGAGCCUGGAGGAUCUCAUGGCUGCAAUGAAGCGGUUAUAACUAUUUGCCAUUCACAGUCCAGUUGACUGAAUAUUUCUUAUGACCUGAACUGCAUUGGGUCUUAUGUGAAUCAUGGUGUCCAGAGCCAGCAGUGCUGGUGAAUAUAAUUGUACUGCUUUAAAAACUGUCCUUUCUAAAAUUUUAUUGCAUUAGUGACUGUACUUCAUUGUCAUUUUACAUUCCCCAGUAAGUUAUGGUGUAAAUGUCAAGAACAUGUUUAAUUAAACUGCAAACUUAAGUAACACAAUGGCUGCAGUGGUUGUGUUAGAGUCAGAAUUCUACAGCACAGAAACAGUCCAUGCCAUACCAUUAUUCUGUCUAGUCCCAUGGAGCUGCACCUGAAACUGCCCUCCAUAUCUCUCCAAUUCAAAUUUCUCUUAAAUAUUAUAAUUGAGCCUGCAUUCGCCACUUGCAAUUGCAGGUUGUUCCACAUAUGCACCACCCUCUUACUGAAGGGUGGGGAGCUUGGCUGAAGCAAGUCCCAUAAAUGGACUCCUCAAACAACAUCAUUAUAGGAUUAAGAUAAAAAGGUUUCAUUUUGGACCCAACAUCAGAAGCAUAAUUUGGUAACGGGCUGAAGGAUUGUUGCAGCAAUGGCCAUUGACACAUUUAUCAUUAACAAAUAUCCAGAACUUUGUACAUGGUACAGUUCCUGAAGUUAAUUUGAAAGGAGGCAUUGAAAAAAGCUGGAUCUUAUCCUGACACAGAUAAGUAAACUGAAUGAUAAAAACAAAUGUGGUUUCAAUGCUAUAUUUAAUAUUCCAAGGUACUGAUUAUACUGCUCAAACUAACAAUACAUCCCAUUCCGAUUAAUACAUGAAAUUGUAUUUCCAUAAUAGAAACAGAAAACCUACAGCACAAUACACACAAUACAGGCCCUUCAGCCCACAAUGCUGUGCUGAACAUGUACUUAUUUCAGAAAUUUCCUAGGGUUACCUGUAGCCCUCAAUUUUUCUAAGCUCCAUGUACCUAACCAGGAGUCUCUUAAAAGACCCUAUCAUAUUCACCUCCACCACCAUUGCCAGCAGCCCAUUCCAUGCACUCACCACUCUCUGUAUAAAAAAACUUACCCCUGACAUCUCUUCUGUACCUACUUUCAAGCACCUUAAAACUCUGCCCUCUCAUGUUGACCAUUUCAGCCCUGGUGAAAAAGUCUCUGGCUAUCCAUGUGAUCAAUGCCUCUCAUCAUCUUACACACCUCUGUCAGGUCACCUCUCAUCCUCUCGCUCCAAGGAGAAAAGGCCGAGUUCACUCAACCUAUUCUCAUAAGGCAUGCUCCCAAUCCAGGCAACAUCCUUGUAAAUCUCCUCUGCACCCUUUCUAUGGUUUCCACAUCCUUCCUGUAGUGAGGCGACCAGAACUGAGCACAGUACUCCAAGUGAAGUACUGCGGUCCUAUAUAGCUGUAACAUAACCUCUCUGCUCCUAAAUUCAAUCCCAAAGUUGAUGAAGGCCAAUGCACCAUAUGCCUUCAUAACCACACAGUCAAUCUGUGCAGCUUUGAGUGUCCAGGCCCCAAGAUCCCUCUGAUCCUCCACACUGCCAAGAGUCUUACCAUUAAUACUAUAUUCUGCCAUCAUAUUUGACCCACCAAAAUGAACCACCUCCCACUUAUCUGGGUUGAACUCCAUCUGCCACUUCUCAGCCCAGUUUUGCACCCUUUCCAUGUCCCACUGUAACCUCUGACAGCCCUCCACACUGUCCACAACACCCCCAACCUUUGUCUCAUCAGCAAAUUUACUAACCCAUCCCUCCACUUCCUCAUCCAACACACACAAAAUGCUGGUGAAAAGCAGCAGGCCAGGCAGCAUCUAUAGGGAGAAGCACUGUUGACGUUUCGACACUGGGGAUAGGGUUCCCCUUGUCCUCACCUACCACCCCACCAGCCUCAGGGUCCAAUGUAUAAUCCUCCGUAACUUCCGCCACCUCCAACAGGAUCCCACUACCAAACACAUCUUUCCCUCCCCCACUCUUUGUUUUCCACAGGGAUCGCUCCCUACGCGACUCCCUUGUCCAUUUGUCUCCCCCCAUCCCUUCCCACCGAUCUCUCUCCUGGCACUUAUCCUUGUAAGUGGAACAAGUGCUACACCUGCCCUUACACUUACCCCCUCAUCACCAUUCAGGGCCCCAGACAGUUCUUCCAGGUGAGGCGACACUUCACCUGUCAGUUGGCUCCAGCCUUGAACUCCAGGCCAGGUCUUCACAUGCUGCGAUUGUGUCUCCCAUCUCCCCUUCCCCCACCACCACUCUGCAAUCCCCUCUCCCUCAGAUCCCAUCGUCAGCUCCUGGGCCCUCAGAGGCUCCAUCUUCCUCUCACCCCAACCUUUCCCUCUCCACUGACACUACCAGCCUCCCUCCCCCCUCUGAUCCCAUCUCCCAUCUGUGCUGGGUCUUUACCAUUCCCUCCGACCUUCAACUCUAAGGCAGAGCACUCUGACCUCAGUAAGGGCCUCAGCUUUGUCCCCUUAACCCACACCUCAGCGAGUUCUGUGUACACCAUGACACUGAACUCUUCUUCCGCUGGCUCCGUCUCCGAGCUUACUUCUUUGACAAGGACUCUCCUACCCCCACCGAUGACCCCUUCUCCCGUCUUCAACCCUCCUCCUCUUCAUGGACACCCCGCUCUGGUCUUCUACCUGCUCUGGAUCUCUUUAUUGCUAAUUGCCGAUGGGACGUCAACCGUCUCGACUUCACCACACCCUGUUCCAGUUCCAACCUCACUCCUUCUGAACGCUCUGCUCUCCGCUCCCUCCGCUCAACUCCCAACCUCGCUAUCAAACCUGCUGAUAAGUGGGGAGCUGUUAUUGUCUGGCGUUCUGACAACUACCUGGCCGAGGCACAGCGACAACUCUCUAAUACCUCCUCAUAUUUACCCCUUGAUCAUGACCCCACUAAGGAGCACCAGGCCAUUGUCUCCUAUACCAUCACCAACCUUAUCAGCUCUGGGGAUCUCCCAUCCACUGCCACCAACCUCAUAGUUCCCACACCCCACACUUCCCAUUUCUACCUCCUACCCAAGGUCCACAAACCUGCCUGUCCAGGUAGGCCUAUUGUCUCAGCUUGCUCCUGCCCCACCAAACUCAUUUCUGCAUAUCUUGACACUGUCUUAUCCCUCCUUGUUCAAUCUCUUCCCAACUAUGUUCUUGACACUUCUCACGCUUUGAAUUUUUUCGAUGAUUUUAAGUUCCCUGGCCCCCACCGCCUUAUUUUCACCAUGGACGUCCAGUCCCUAUAUACCUCCAUCCCCCACCCAGACGGUCUCGAAGCUCUUUGCUUCUUUUUGGAUUCCAUACCUAACCAAUCCCCCUCUACCACCACUCUCCUCCAUCCAGCAGAAUUAGUUCUUUCUCUCAAUAAUUUCUCCUUUGGCUCCUCCCACUUCCUCCAAACCAAGGGUGUAGCCAUGGGCACCCGUAUGGGUCCCAGUUAUGCCUGCCUUUUUGUUGGCUUUGUGGAACAGUCCAUGUUCCAAGUCUAUAUGGGUAUCUGUCCCCCCCCUUUUCCUUUGCUACAUCAACGACUGCAUUGGCACUGCCUCCUGCACGCAUGCCGAGCUCGUUGACUUCAUUAACUUUGCCUCCAACUUUCACCCUGCCCUCAAAUUUACCUGGUCCAUUUCUGAUACCUCCCUCCCCUUUCUUGAUCUUUCUGUCUCCAUCUCUGGAGACAGCUUAUCUACUGAUAUCUACUAGAAGCCUACAGACUCUCACAGCUACCUGGACUAUUCCUCUUCCCACCCUGUCUCUUGCAAAAAUGCUAUCCUCUUCUCACAAUUCCUCUGUCUCCACUGCAUCUGCUCUCAGGAUGAGGCUUUUCAUUUCAGGACGAAGGAGAUGUCUUCCUUUUUUAAACAAAGGGGCUUCUCUUCUUCCACCAUCAACUCUGCUCUCAAACGCAUCUCUCCCAUUUCCCGCACAUCUGCCCUCACCCCAUCUGCCUGCCACCCCACUCGGGACAGGGUUCCCUUUGUUCUCACCUACCACCCCACAAGCCUCCAGGUCCAACAUAUAAUUCUCCAUAACUUCCACCACCUCCAACGGGAUCCCACUACCAAGCACAUCUUUCCGCAGGGAUUGCUCCCUACGUGACUCCCUUAUCCACUUGUCCACUCGUCCCCCCCAUCCCUUCCCACC